AUCCAAAGCCGUUUUCGUCUCGAGCGGAGCAUUUUUGUUUCCCGUUUGUUGUCGCUCGGCGCUGACGAUAGGCGAACAAGCGAAAGGAGAUCCCAUAAUGCGUAUAAUUUAAAAGCACUGUCGAGCAGUGAUGCGCGAAAAAUCUGGUCACAUAGUCUGGCGGUACGAUGUUCUACAACGUUGACCAUGACCGAAAAACUAGCAGCGCGUAUCGCUUGGCGACUUGCGUGGGCCUGCAUUGUGCGAUAAGUGAUCUCUGGAUGUAGGAAGUGCGACAGACAAGUGAUUUCUUCUUGUUAUCGCCACCUCACCGCAUGGCGUUCAAGUUGGCUCUUCGUGCCUCCAACCUGAUGUUAUGAACCUUCAAAGUCUCUUUGAAGACUUCAAUCCUAGUCGUUUUCUAGUUCACUGCUGCCUGUUAGCGUUUACGCUACUCUUCUCGCUGAGGCUCGAUGGCGUCAUCUCGUGGAACUACUGGGUCGUAUUCCUUCCCCUUUGGAUCUGGAAGUUUAUGGUCAUCGUUGGAGCCGUUGUGGGCAGCUACGUGUGGUGGACGCACCCACAAUACAGGAACGAAGGGGAUGGUCAGGUCCACUACCAGGCAAUGGUCAUCAGCCUGUUUCUUCAGUUGCUGCUCCUCGUCUUUGAGGUGCUGGCCUGUGACAACCUGCAGAAUGACAGACACCUGUGGACACUCGUCUUUAUACCGCUCAUCUUCAUCUCGGUCCUCUCCAUCGCUGUGUGCAUCUGGGCAGUCAAGCACGACCGCUCCUUUGAGUUGGAGCUCUUCUGUUCCGUGAACGUGCUACAGUUUAUAUUCCUGGCUCUCCAGUUGGACAAGUUCAUCCAGUGGAGUUGGGUGGUGGUCUUCGUGCCAUUGUGGAUCGUAAUGUGCCUGGCAGUGAUUGGGGUGCUUUACGCCAUCAUCUUUGCGAGCAUCCUGUUGCGGACCCCUGAAGUGAGCCCUGAGCAGCGACGCACUAGCCUACACUCUGCUGUCUCCUACAGCAUGAUCGUGGGCCCACUCCUUGUGUUCCUCGUGUUGCUGUCAAAUAAGCUGGACACAGAGGACAGCCUUGGCUACACGGAAACCUGCACGCCCCUCUAUUUCACGUUCCUUGUUCUCAUCUUCCUGUCCUUUGGAUCCAAAGGGGGAAACCACUGGUGGUUUGGAAUCCGCAAGGACUUCUGCCAGUUCCUGUUGGGAGCCUGCCCACUGCUUCAGGAGUAUGGUAACAUUUCCUACAGCCUGCACAACAACGAAGCUGACAGUCCACCCUCAGUGGAUGCCGUUGCCGCCUCGGAGGUCAAGUCGAUACCUCGGCAGCGUCCCCGAAGUUCGGUGCUUGCUGAACCACGUCCCAUUGUAGCGGCUCUCGCCAUCGACACGCCCGACUGAUAGCGUUUGCAGACAAGAGUUUGUUCUUUCUUUCCCCUGUAACCGAAAAGCCUGCUGAGAAAGAGUUAGUAGGGGCCACUAUGGCACGAGGCAAGUGUACAGUCGAACACGGAUAUAUAUGGAAUUAUUGCCUUUAUUGAACAGUUGUAACAUAGCUUUGGAAAUCCAAUGUGAAAGUGUCAGACUGUAAUAUGCACGUGUUGAAAACCUUCGCCCCCCCAGUUUUAAUCUAUCAACGCUGUGCCAUGCUCCUGCCCUGUGAGUGCAUUUCUCUUAACGGUACCAUGAUCACUUCUCCGAUCAAUGCAAAUAUUCAUGCCGAUGAAGUUUCACUGUUAUGGCAGAUGCUGUUGAAUGAGGAAGUGAGUCUGAAGGGGAUUAUGUGACUCGGAGAAAAAAAAAAAUUUCAAGGUGCAUGUCUUAAAAUAUGGAGGGCUCAUGCAACAAGUACCGUAUCUUACUUACACUUCUCAAUGAGGCACUUGCUUUAGUAAGCUGCACCACAACGCAGCUGUGUCACACAGCCCAAAGCAUACUAAUAUUGGAAAGAGCCACCAUUUAGUGCAGUGUACUAGUUGGGGCCUAUAUCUUAUAUCAGAUUACCGGUUCACUAUUUUGUAAUUCCCUUCAGAUUUUAUUUUCUUAUAUGUCCAGGUUUGACUGUAUUACUGUGGUUGCGACCAUUUCUGUUCCUCCACUUUCACACGAACUCCAAUGAGGAGAAAAAAAGGGCACAGCCCUAUGCACUUCUUUAUUUGUUUUUAAUACAGAAGGCUAUAAAAAAGACAGCUUAGUCUUUCGGGUUAAAAAGACAUUGCAGAGAAAUGCUUCCACGUUAAGCUAGAUUAGUAGAGUGCACAUCUGGUACUGCAAAUACAGCAAGGCAUUUCUAUAACAAAGUUUAAAGUGAAGCUAAAUUACUCCACUAGGAUGGAUUAAAUUCCUUUGUUGUUGCCAUUUCUUUGUUGUGAUUAUCCAAAUUACUCUGGUAUAACCGUCACUUUGCCAUAACUGUUUUUACAUAUGACCAUCACAGCUCACCAUGGCAAGAGCAUUUGGGCUUUUGCGAUAUAGAUGCUGAAGCUGAUGAAAUGUCCCGACAUCCACCACGUAGGGACUGCAUAUGAGUGUUUUCCAUCAUGUUUUCUCUAGCUUGAGCAUUGCUCUGAUGCUGGUGUAGUCUGUGGAAAUGGCUACCAGUUUGGCAGUGAGACCGGUUGAUGUGUUGUUGAACCGCACCAUCAAGUUAUUUACUGACAGCACAAUGCACUUGUAGAUUUCAGCUAAACCAGCAAGUCUUUGUUCUGAGCUAGUAUAAGGUGCUUCGCAGGUCCAUUUCAUUGCAGACAGGUCUCAAAAGCAUGUGUUUACGUUAUGUGGAGUUUAUGAGGAAUGGCAAUGACCUUGAUUACAAUUUGUUAGUUUGUUCUGGCCUCUUUCAUUAUGCUUUGACUGCUUUGCAACUUCAGGCACUUCUUUUUUUUUUUUUCUCUCUUUUUGCAUCACUCCUUUUAAUGAAUGGUGCUGUAACAGAUGCAGCUUCAAAAGGUUUAAGCAGCAGGUAUUAACUGAGUGAAAAGGACAAUUUUGAGGUUGUGAAUGCAACACACUAAUGCCGCACUUUCAAGCCCAUUUCACAAACAUGCGAGGCACCAUUGAUGUCUGGGGAUGAUGUAACAAUUCUCUUCCUGUUUUGUUUCAUCUAAGCUCCUUGUAUUCUUCAUCAGUGGCUUGUACAGAUUAGGUACUGUUACUGUUAUCGCUAGAACUAGCAGUCUGGGUCAUCGCAGAUGAAUGGAUUUGAAUCUGUGUGGGUGGUCAGCAGGGGGGGGGGUUACUGUCUGUGCCAUAUGGCAUGAGCACAUAGGAAGAUGGCGACGUGGUAGUUUAGUGAAGGAAGAAAGUAGAGAUGGGGGACUAUUGACUGAAUUUGGUUCAUGUGCAGUACUUUUACGUGUUACUUUCACACACUGUUGCUUACAUUUGGCAUUUUUAAAUUGAAGGGACACUAAGUGAAACAAUAAGUUAGUUUAAACUGACAAUUUAUACUCUGAAAACUCUAAUGUUGUUAAUCUCACCACCAUCGGUGAAUGAAUGAGAAAAUAGCGUCAAAAGUUUUACUUUUAAAUUUCCCACCGAAAUCUCCAAUGGUGCAAUCACGGAUUUCAAUGUGUUUUUUCGUAUUUUGGCCACAUUGGCUCAAUGAAAUUUUCUUAAACAUGCUGUGUUAAAUCUCUGGCUCCCUCAGAAGACAAUGUGCUUAAUUGUUACCAAUUAUGGACAACGUAGGCACUAGUAGACGCCGUCAAAAUCUGUGACGUCAGGGUGACUGGAGCGGGAACUUCAAGGUGGCGUCGCCACUGGCAUUUUCUUUAUGCACGUUUGCUCGCUUACCAAGCAUCUUCUAGGAGCAAGUGUGGUGUUUUUGGUAUCGUGAAAAGGUAAUUUACUAGUACGAGAAAAAUCGUUUGGCUAUUUAAUGUCCUUUGAAGUCAUGCUGCCAGUUGCAUACAACGCACUUUCUCCUGGUAGCAGUCAUUGGUCGUGAUCAACUCAAAAAAAGGUGUCACAGCCACCCCAUGGACUCCUUGUUUGGGGUAAUGGGAUAUAUCAAACUGAGGCUUUAUUUUUUACCUGUCACAUAUAGGAUUAGUGUCGCCUUCAGUCAAAUCAAGCAUUUGAAGUGGGUGCAAUGAAAUGAACUUUUUGAGUAAGCACGUUCUGUUUUUUGGCAGCAUUAUUUUCAGUGUUGAGUGCACUGACCAGAUUGGACAACGAGAGCGAUGUUAAGUUAAAGAAAAAAAAGGUGAUCUAGUACUACAGCUGAGCAUAAUGUUGCAAACUAAGUUACCUGUAAGUGAAAGUGUUACUGAAGGUGGUAUGUAAAAAAAUGUCUUUUGGCAAACGUUGAACAAGUGCUAUUACUUCAUUUGCUUAAAGGGGUCAUGAACCACUUUUCCAAGUAAUGAUCUAAUCACCUCAGUAUCGGAGUUUUCUGCCUCCCGAAUUGAUUGCCGCAAAAAUUUCUCGAAUCCGUCAAGAAUCAGCGGAGUUACGGGGGUUUGGCGCACGCUCUCAGCGCUUUCUCUCUUUUCUCGUGUCGACGAGUGCACUGGAAGCUAGACAGGGAGGGAUGGCACGGGGGUAAGAAGUUACGUCAGGGCGCGUCAUGAAACGCGAUCGCUCUCCCGCUGUGAUUCGCAUGCGCGAGUGCGGCUACCGUGUAAAGUUAGCAGACUGAGGAGUUCGGCGCGGGCAAGUGGCGGCACCCCGUGGCAAGAAGGGCAUCUCAUCCGGCUAUCGGCCACUAUGCAUGCUAUGUCUCUUGCGACGUCUCACUGACGAGAGUGAGAACCGGCCUCUGUUUGAAAAGAGGGCACCUGAGGAAACGGCGCGCUCCGCUUGUGGCCUUUACGCGGCGCGCACGACUAAUAUUUUGCAGAGCAGUUCAUAGCCGUGUCAGCUUUCCGCAGGAUGUGUUUUUUCAACAAGCCCAAGGGGUGCUUCAUGACCCCUUUAAAGCUUAAUGAGUGCAUUAUGUGGAAUAAAAACAAUAUUUUUAUGCCUCGUAUGCAAUGGCUAUAUUUCUCCUGGAUUGUCUAAACAGUUUGUGGUAGUCAUGAAAGAACUAGGUCUGUUUGUAGUGAAUCCACAUUUUAAGCUUAGUAGCAGCAUCCAUUAUUUAUGCUUGCACUUUUUGUGCACUGACAUUAGUUUUUUGGCUUUGAUUACAAUUCUCUUUAAGGACCUUGCACUUUUCAUAAUCUUAGGAUGCAAAUUAGCACUCUGUAAACCAUUUGCCCAUGCUGUGUCACCACACUGUGACGUUUUUGCCAUGAGAUAAUAUGUAGCAAAAACGGGCGUACAUGUCUGCAUGUUGUCUGCUAGAAAAUGCCAAUUUAUGCUUUAAAACCAUAUAGCCCAAUUCCCCGUUCGCACAGUCAUUGCUUGUCCUGUUUCAUCAUUGUCAUAGCACUGGUCUUUACUUAUAGUUUCAUUUUAAAAAAAUUCUGUUGAAGCCAGUCAAUUCUAGAGCUCUGGAAUCCUUGCCCUUUCUGGCUAUCUGAUGUGAUGGAAAUUUCUUCCAAGCAUCCAGUCACAAUUGCUAAACCAUUGCACUGGCACUUGCGUGCAGUUUGUACAUUUUUGCAAAGCCCUUUCUUCUACUUUGCAGCUUUCAAAACUGUUGCACACAUUGCAAACUGUUGCGAAAUGAAAAGGCCGAGCCUAUUCACUUUUAGAUAAAUAGCAGUUCUCCCAAGGAACUCCAUAGAAGAGUGCAGGGGAACAGAUGUGGCUGGCCAUUACUGUUCUUGCUAACAGUGCAAUGGCCUGUUUUCAACAUUUCAUAGAUAACAUGUUUUUUAGCUGUUUCAGUGACGCUGCUAUACAAAAUGGAUGUUUGAAUGAGGAGUUGCUCUGUGUUUUAUCCUGGAAAUUCUUAGUAGUAUUGGCAAAGAAUUUUUAAUAGAAGGUACUGUAUGUAGAUGUAAAAGCUGACAUGUUUUUCAGAUAGGUGUUUUUGUUUCUGUUGUGCAAGUUCCUCCUGUUAAGUGCUACUCAAUUCUGUAUCUGAGUGCAAUGCUUGGAGUGACUGCUGUAAGCAGUCACUGACAGUGUGUAAAGGUACCAUUUGUUAUUGGGGCAGUGUUCUCUUCUAGCAUUGCAUUACCAUUGCAGAAUGUGAGGAGUUAUUGUCACGAUGUUUGAGUUAAGGAUUGAUGUGUAAUUUGCAUAAACGUAAACAUGGGAAAGGCGUUGUGCUUUGCAUUGAAAUCAUAUGGUACACCAUGCUAUGAAUGUCAUCAGCACAUAAAAAGUAUUUGUGCCUUACAUAGUUUCCUGUCAAGGCACGACACUUAGGCAUGGAACAAACUUUGCAAAAGUGGCAUCGAAGCAGUGACUUUUCCUAUGACCGAACAGUGGCAGGCAUGGGCUUGACCGUACUGAGGAUUUAUUUGUUACUGUGUGUGACGGCCAUUAUUAUUUUUGGUCUCUUUGUUAUUUAACUCUUGGAGUGUUGUUAAUGUUGAAUCCCUGAGCUUUCCCUUGUACACAUUGUGUGUUGUUCCUUUAGUGUUGUGUCAGUGUUUUUCACAUGCUACUAUAUAUUGAUUUUGACUGAAAACCUUUUUCACUAUUUUUCUUGUUAACGCUGGUCUGAUCAGCUAGACUAUGCAUAUCACUACGCUUAAUGUACCCUCUCCCCAGAAUUUUUAUUGUUCUCUAUUAGGCUUGUAUUGCGUACAUUGCUAUGCAUUUCUACACCUAGAAAGAAUUUAUGAUUCUUGAUUUUGUCUUCCCACACCUGCCUUGAGCGUAGUUGCGAAUGAUGCAUUUAUGCAACACCCACUUCGGAUGAUAUCUCAAUAUUGUCAAGCGUGUGUCUUUGUACCAUUUUUCAGUGUUGAAUGGUAAAUUGUUCCAAAAACAGGGAAGCAAUACUGAAAGUCACAUGUAGAAAGGGCAGAUAAAUUAUUAAUUUGCCUAGAAAUAAUGUUUAUUAGCGGUACUACCAUGCAGUUAGGCCGUACUGGCAAUAAAGAUGGCCACACACCACAAAUGCAAACCCACCUGUCUGGGUGACUUGAAA